AUGGCGUCCCGUCCGCAGAACAUUGGCAUCAAGGCCAUUGAAAUCUACUUUCCCAGCCAGUACGUCGAGCAAUCCGAGCUCGAAAAGUUCGAUGGCGUUAGCUCCGGAAAAUACACAAUUGGCCUUGGGCAGACCAAGAUGGCCUUUUGCGACGACCGCGAAGACAUCUACUCGCUUGCCUUGACGGCCACUUCGAACCUGCUCAAGAAGUAUGCCAUCGACCCCAACUCCAUCGGUCGCCUUGAGGUCGGCACCGAGACCCUCUUGGACAAGUCCAAGUCGGUCAAGUCGGUGCUGAUGCAGCUUUUCGGCGACAACACCAACAUCGAGGGUGUCGACACGGUCAACGCCUGCUACGGCGGCACCAACGCCUUCAUCAACUCGGUCAACUGGAUUGAGGGUUCCGGCUGGGACGGCCGUGACGCCAUCGUCGUCGCUGGAGAUAUCGCCCUUUACGCCAAGGGCAACGCCCGCCCCACCGGUGGCGCCGGCUGCGUCGCCAUGCUGGUCGGCCCCGACGCCCCCAUCGUCGUCGAGCCCGGUCUGCGCGGCUCUUUCAUGCAGCACGCCUACGACUUUUACAAGCCCGACCUGGCCAGCGAGUACCCUUACGUCGACGGCCACUUCUCGCUCACCUGCUACACCAAGGCGUUGGACGGCGCAUACCGUGCCUACAACAAGCGUGAGGCUCAGCUCCAGAACGGUCAGGCCAACGGCAGCGGGUCGACGGAAAGCUCCAAGACCCCUCUGGACCGCUUUGACUACAUUGCUUUCCAUUCGCCAACCUGCAAGCUUGUGCAGAAGUCGUACGCCCGCUUGCUGUACCACGACUACCUCGCCAACCCCGACCACCCUGCCUUUGCCGAGGUCCCCGGGGAGCUGCGCGAUAUGGACUACGAAAAGUCGCUUACCGACAAGGGCGUGGAGAAGACCUUUAUGGCUCUGACCAAGAAGCGCUUCCAGGAGCGUGUCAACCCUGGCAUCCAGGUCGCCACCAUGUGCGGCAACAUGUACUGCGCCAGCGUCUGGGGUGGUUUGUCCAGCUUGAUCGGUCACGUCGACAGCGCUACUCUUCAGGGCAAGCGUAUCGGUCUUUUUAGCUACGGCUCUGGCUUGGCUGCCAGCUUCCUGUCGUUCCGCGUCAACGGCAGCACCGACAAGAUCUCACAGGCGCUUGACAUUCCCAACAGGCUCCAGACCAGGCGCGCCGUGCAGCCGCAGACAUAUGACGACAUGUGCGAGAUGCGCAAGAAGGCCCAUCUUCAGAAGAACUUCACUCCGACUGGUGAUGUCAACACCAUCGUGAACGGAACCUACUACCUGGAGAACGUUGAUGACAUGUUCAAGCGAUCCUACACGGUGAAGGCAUAA